AUAAUAUUAAAUAGCUCAUUUCCAAAUCUCUCUCUAUAUAUACUUAAAUACACCUCUCCGUCUCCACAAAAUCUUUCUUUCACUCUCUACUAUUAGUAUAAUAUCUUUCUAGCCAUGGAGCUCCUCAUGGAGAUAUCCCUUUUCUUGGCAAUUUCAUACGCCUUUUUCUACCUCACCAAAUCCCUCCUCCGAAAACGACACCAAUGCUGCUACAUGCUUGCCUUCGAGUGCUACAAACCGCCGGAAGAAACCAAGCUCAGCACCGACGCCUGCGCCAAAAUAGUCCUCCGAAAUGGAAACCUCGGACUUGACGAGUUCCGCUUCCUCCUCAAGACCAUCGUCAGCUCCGGCAUUGGCGAGGAGACCUACUGCCCGAAGAACGUCCUCGAGGGCCGUGAAGAGUCUCCGACGCUAACCGACGCCAUCUCCGAGAUGGACGAGGUAAUCUUCACAACCCUAGACAGCCUCUUCGCAAAAACCGGGGUCUCGCCGGCGCAAAUCGACAUCCUCGUCGUCAACGUCUCGCUCUUCUCGCCCGCGCCGUCGCUGACGUCGCGGAUCGUGAACCGGUACAAGAUGAGGGAGAACAUCAUGUCGUAUAACCUCUCCGGGAUGGGCUGCAGCGCCAGCAUAAUCGGCAUAGAUCUCGUCCAACACCUCUUCAAGACUCAUGAAAACUCCUACGCUAUUGUCGUCAGCACCGAGUCCUUCGGCCCCAACUGGUACUGCGGCAAAGAGAAGUCGAUGAUGCUCUCGAAUUGCCUGUUCCGGUCCGGCGGUUGCUCCAUGCUGUUCACUAACAAGAACGAGCUAAAGAAGAAGGCGAUUCUGCAGCUGAAAUGCCUCGUACGGACGCAUCUCGGAGCUGACGAUGAAGCGUACGAGUGUUGCAUACAGUUGGAGGACGAGAAGGGGUACGAAGGGUUUCGGUUGACGAAGAAGCUUACGAAGGCGGCGGCGAAGGCGUUGCGGCUUAAUCUCCGGAUUCUGGUGCCCAAAAUCCUGCCGGUGAGGGAGAUUCUAAGGUACUGGAUUGUUAACCUAAUUAGGAACAAGAGCAAUAAGGGCGAUCCACAACUUACGAGUAGUGGUGCGAAUAAUUUGGAUUUCAAGACCGGGGCAGAGCAUUUUUGCAUCCACCCCGGUGGGCGAGCGGUGAUAGAUGGGGUCGGGAUGAGCUUAGGGUUAAGCGAGUAUGAUUUGGAGCCGUCGAGGAUGGCGCUUCAUCGGUUCGGCAACACUUCGGCGGGCGGGUUUUGGUACGUUUUGGGGUACAUGGAGGCAAAGAAGAGGCUCAAGAAAGGAGAUAGGAUUUUGAUGAUGAGUUUUGGAGCUGGGUUUAAGUGCAACAAUUGUUUGUGGGAGGUUAUGAGGGACUUGGAUGAUGUGAAUGUGUGGAAAGGGAUUAUUGAGAGCUAUCCUCCAAGCUCACUUGCUAAUCCUUUUAUGGAGAAGUAUAGUUGGAUCAACGAUGAUUAUCUUGGCUUUGUUCGCCUUGAGCGUUAA